AUGUCUGAAAAUCGUAGUCGUUCAUCACCAAGCAAUGUAGCUAAUAAAGCAUUUGAUGAUAUAAGUCCAGAAGAAUUAGCUGAAUUACGAGAAGCUUUUCGUGUAUUUGAUCAAAAUGGUGAUGGAAGUAUAACACUUUCAGAAUUACGUAUUGUUCUUGAUCAAAUGGGUUUAGAUCCAACUGAAGAAGAAUUACAAGAUAUGAUUCGUGAAGUUGAUGAAGAUCAAAGUGGUACUAUUUCAUUUGUAGAAUUUGUUGAUAUGGUUAAAAAAGCAGUUGAUACAAAUAAAAGUUCACGUGAAGAAUUAUUUCGAGCUUUUCAAAUUCUCAUUCUAGUUCUUCAAGCAACUGGUGAUCGUCCAACAGAUGAAGAUGCUCUCGAAAUGAUUGCUGAAGCCGAUAUUGAUGGUGAUGGACGAAUUAAUUAUGAUGAAUUUGUACUAAUCAUGACCAAUAAUACAUCACCGAGAAAAUAA